AUGGAACCAACACCAAGUGACUCAUCGCCAGCCAACUCCUCGUCACCUGAUCCGUCAAGCACUUCUCUCGAAUUCAUAAGCUUCGCAGGAACCACUACCACCAGACGUGAGGAUCACCUCAAAUGGAUAUGCAAGUCCAUGUCAUGCAAUACCGUCAACUGUAUGUACCGACAUACCAAUGACCACCAGUGCGGAACUCGACGGAAAUGGCCAGCCGACGCUCUCGAUAACGAAGACAAGCUCAUCGGGUACCUGAGAAGUGUGGACCCGGACGGAAACGAACACUAG